GGGGGAAAGUGUGAGGAACGAGAAAGGGUGUCCCGUCGGCACUAGCACAGACUGCACAGAACAGCUGCAGCCUAGGUUCGCACAGAAUUUCACGGCAUUGCAAGUAGUAGACAUAUUAUUUUAUCCCAAAACCUAUAGAAUAACGUUCACACUAACCAAAUAUUAAAAUGGUUGAUCGCGAGCAGCUGGUGCAGAAAGCCAGGCUGGCUGAACAGGCUGAAAGAUAUGAUGACAUGGCAGCUGCCAUGAAAUCGGUAACAGAGCUGAAUGAGGCCCUAUCUAACGAGGAGAGGAACCUCCUGUCUGUGGCCUAUAAGAAUGUGGUGGGGGCCCGCCGUUCCUCUUGGAGGGUGAUCUCUAGCAUCGAGCAGAAGACCUCUGCAGAUGGAAAUGAGAAAAAGAUUGAAAUGGUUCGGGCCUACAGGGAGAAGAUUGAGAAGGAGCUGGAGGCUGUGUGUCAGGACGUGCUCAACCUUCUGGAUAACUACCUGAUCAAGAACUGCAACGAGACGCAGCACGAGAGCAAGGUGUUUUACCUGAAGAUGAAGGGRGACUACUACCGCUACCUGGCUGAGGUGGCCACGGGUGAGAAGAGGGCCACCGUCAUCGAGUCAUCAGAGAAAGCUUACAACGAGGCCCAUGAGAUCAGCAAAGAGCACAUGCAGCCCACCCACCCCAUCCGCCUCGGCUUGGCUCUCAACUACUCUGUGUUUUACUACGAGAUCCAGAAUGCCCCUGAGCAGGCCUGUCAUCUGGCCAAGACCGCCUUCGAUGACGCUAUUGCUGAGCUGGACACCCUGAACGAGGACUCCUACAAAGACUCAACUCUCAUCAUGCAGCUGCUCCGAGACAACUUAACACUGUGGACAAGUGACCAGCAGGAUGAUGAGGGAGGGGAGGGUAACAAAGAUUAAUAAACCACACUUAGAAAAAAUAUAUAAUGAAAGGCCAGUGGGCUUUGGUAGCCGCUUUUGCUGAUGAUCGUACCGCAGCAGCAGUUCUUUAUUUUUCCAUGUGUUAAAAGAAAAGAAUCAAAAGAAAGGUGAGAGGGGAGGUUACAUCUUAGUUUAAUAUAUAUAGAAAUAUAUAUGAAUGGUUGAAAGGGCUGCCAUCUUCUUGAUUUUCUCUUUGACGUUUGCCAAAACCACUGAAAUGUCAGUCAAUCCGCCUGAAGUGGUCGUUGUUGGAUUGGUUUGGCAGCCUCACACUGGCAUAAGGACUGGUGUCGUUGUACCAAGGGAAGCAGCUUAGUUAGGUUUAUGCAUGAUAGAGAUGCAGACACUUGAGGAAGGGAGAAAAAAAACACUUGAGUGAGAGUGCCUCACAAAAAUAGCUUGCAAUGGUUCCAGUACUAGUUUAAAGGCCAACUCGGCCACUUUUCAACCUCAUAUUCAUUAUCUCCAGCACCAAACCAGUGUCCACAUAUGUGAAACAGCGCGUUUCUAUGAUCUGUGGUCCUACAAAAGGUCCUACAAAAUGCUUCUCUGUGACAUCACGAGUUCUAGCCAUUAUGAUAUAUAAUAUCACUCACUCUUGAAGGYAYUGCAGGAAAGCUAAAAGUAUUAAUCUGACCAAAUCAACUAGAAAAAGUGCAAUGCAGAUGUUUUGUAAAGGUGAGAUGUUUAUUGUAAAGUCAAUGCAGAUGUUUUGUAAAGGUGAGAUGUUUAUUGUAAAGUUAAUGCCAAUCAUGCCAAUGAUGGCAAUGAGAAAAUACUGUUAUCAAUUUCCUCUUUCACAUGACUUCUAGUUUUAGGUAAAUUUGGCAUUAAAUCCAAUGUGACUGUCCUCUGACUGCUCUAAAUAUGAUACUGGAACCAUAGCUUAACCUCCAAUAGAGUCUAUCUAAAGGCAGAGACAUGAUCUUAAAGCAGCUGCAGAGUUUGUGGUUUACUUCUGUGUUUGUUUUAUUAAAUGCACUUGCCUACUAUACUGUUUCUUCAGUGUAAGAUGAUUACUACAAUAAUAUCGAUUAUUCAGUAUUGUGCAUGCUGGUGAUGUAUUGAAACAUACAGUAGCUUGACUUUAUUAACUUAUACUGUGGGUGUUAAGUAUUCAUAUGAUUGAGAAAACAUAGGCUUUGUCUGAUUAUUUCUUAUUUAUAACUUAUUCUUAUUUUGUUUAUAUUUGCUAUACCAAAAUGGUGAUCGUAAAAAUGUAUAUGUUAUGAGCAUUGCUAUAGUGGCAUGCAAUAUGUGUAUUUCAUUUGUUAAUGGAAGAAAAAAAGUGGGMAAAAACACACCAGUGAUUGCCUAAUCUUACCAACUGGUGUUUGUAACGUUAAAUUAUAAUAAUGGCUUUGUCACAUUAAAUUAUAAUAAUGGCAUUGUAAAACAAAUACUUUGUUCUUUGAACUAUAUUUGAGUAUUUAUUUUGUCAUGUUAUUAACCAGUUUGAACAAUGGUGAAGUUUUCAGAAUCUGUGUUUCUGUUAUGAAUUCACAACAUGGACCACAAUUUAUUUCUGACAGUAUACAUUUUUUGUUUGUUUUUAUACCUUUUAGCUGUUCCUGAGUGACAAAUAUCUUGAAUGUGAGUCAUUAUGUAGCAGUUGCACAAGAAAUGAGAACUAUGAUAAUAAAAAAAGAAUAUGACAAAAUGAUAAAUGCACCAUUUCCAUGGUGGUCYAGUGUAUUGUUGUGAUGUCACUAAUAAGUCAACUUUUGCUUUUUAAAGAAAAGUAUUUAAGAUAGAAUGUUGUAACCUCUUGUGUGCUGCUAGUAUGCUAUUCUUGUGUGCCUCCUUUGCCACUUCAAAUAGUUGAUUCAGCAUACUCCAUAGGCAUCCUCAAUAACCAUGUAUGCAAACAGAGAAUCACAAGGACACACUAAAAACCCACUUGCGCUUUUAGAUCUACACAAACUUGUAUGACACCAGUGCAGUGAGUGCACAUGUCUGCUCAUGCAAUAUAAUGCAAACGCUAGUCCAAUAAUAGCUGGCGAUUAGGACUUCAGGUUGAAGCAAACAGGGAGAGUCAUUUGUCAUACACUGUUAACGUUAUUUACCCCCGAGGGCUGAAUGUCCCAACUGAAUGAUUUCCACCACAACAAAAUAAUGGAUCUAAAUGAUCUAGGACUUUAACAGAGUCACAAAUGCCAACCUAUUCCCUAUAUAUUGCACUACUUUUGACCAGAGCCCUAUUGGUCUUGGUCAAAAGUAAUGCACUAUAGGUAAUAUGGUGUCAUUUGGGAAGCCACCUAUAGUCUUUAACCCACUCUGUACAUCUCACAUCCUCUGAGCUAACCAUGUAUCCAAAUAUAUAUUGCUGAAGAUGUGGUUCUCUAUCUUGCUGCUAUGCUCUCUAGAUUUUAUUAGAUGUAUUAUCUUGAUCGUAAUGGGCUAAAACUCAGCAAAUUCUAUUUUUUGGUGUCAGAUAUUAUCACUUGCCCUGGCAAACCCAAACACCUUGAGGUGUGUCAGAUUUAGAUAUUUAUAUUCAUAAGCCUACGGUGUUACUUUAUGCCAUCUAUCUAGUGCCAUCAACAGAGAGACACUGUUAUACCUUCCGUUUUUGCCAUGCUAAUCUCAGAACAGUUAACACAUGUCAUUUAGUAAGUACAGUUAACACGUCAUUAAACCUGGUACUUAAUUAACUUACAUACUCCCUUCUGGUUCACAAGGCAACUUUUGAACACUGUAUGUUACUUUUUCCGUCUGUAUGUCAACGCAGGUAGCGAGAGUGAACGAUUCAGAUGACUUUGCAUCGCAUAGAAACUUUAAACUCUUUUAUCAUUUGUUUAGUUUAGUUUUUUGGACACAUCAGAAGGGAUGGUUCAUACACUAAGAACAUUUCAUUCAUUGUUUUGAUAUACAGUAAUGUUUAAUUUAAUUCCGUUUUUUUUGCUAUUUUGUUUGUGUUUAUUUAUUGAACUGUAAUGUUGUUUGACACAGAUCCUUGUGUCUGUGCGUUUAGGUAGAACAGUACUGUAACAUGUAUGCUCUCUUUUCUCUGAAAUGGAAUUCAACUUCAAUUGAAUCAAGUAAAGGGUUGGCACCAUGGCUAUACAACAGAAAAAAUGUAGACUGAAGGAACAUAAUCUUAUCAACAAAUCGAUUACUAUUAAAAUGGGUUUAAUGAA